UCAAGGUCUUUUACCUUCAUGCGUUCUAUGCAUGAAGGUAAAACACCUUCUCUGUGCAGCAUCCCCCCAGCUCUCCCAAUACUCACCUAACCCCCUCUCGAUCCAGAAAUGUGCACUGGAGUCUUGGCUCUUUCAGGGCUCCCUCUCCUCAUUGGCUGGCUACAGUGGCUCCCACUGCUAUCAAUCACAGCCAGUGAGCCAGAAGAGAGAGGGGCCAGGGCCGAGACAUGGCUCCAUGUGUGAAUGGAAACACUGAGCAGCAGGUGCCCCCAUAGCAAGCUGCUUGUUGUGGGGGCACCCGACAGGAGGGAGGGGCCAGGAGAGCCUGCGGGGGACCCAAGAAGAGGUGGAUCCGGGCUGCUCUGUGCAAGACCACUGCACACAGCAGGUA